UGGUUUUCACAUGAGAGUGCUAGCAGGAGGUUAGUUUGAUAGCGCUGUGAAAACCUGUUUGCAAAACUUUGCAAACGACUCCCAAAGUUUCAAAGCUUUGAAGGAAGGACGAUCCAAGCACCCAAAAAUGAGCUCCAGUGGAGUACGGCGUGAGCAGUACCUGCUCUCCAUUGGUGUCACCCGUAUUCUUGAUGAGCGCUAUGCUGAGCUGGUGAGUUCUGUCAGCGUACGCCAGAUGUUCGUCACCAACCUGAGAAACCGUCCUUUGAGCCCCAGCCAUGUGGACUCGAUGGAAAAUCUGGUUCUCUCAUUAUACCACAACCUGGUUACGGGGACGAAGGCGUUUCCUUAUAUUGCCUUCAGGGGAUUCUUUAACAAACUGCAGCUGAGGACACCUUUCACCCAUGUGCCAGAGAGUCAGAGGGAGAACAACACGCCAUCUCCUCCUACCGACUCACCAGCUGGUUUAAUGGUGCUGCCUGCAGGGUCCCACCUCCAUUCACGGUUGCUCACACCUCUACUUCCAGAGAAGGCAGAUCUUUCUGUCCUGAAGGCAGACCGGAGGAACUGCGUCUGCACCCUGCAUGUCGACGGCCGCACCAUCACCAGAGUCAUUUCCACUGUGUACUGCACAGAGGAGAGGGAAAUGACAAAUCGCUGGAGAGUUACAGACUACACCUCUGACGGCAGAGUAAUCAUGUCGGUGCUCUGCCAGUUUCUGAAGAGGUUUACACAGGGUGCAAAGAGGAAGCCUGCAGAGGAGGAGAGCAGCAGCAGGAGCCCCCCUCCACCAAGGAAACGUCUCCGGCUGUGAUCAGUAAUGAAGCCUUUCCUGGACAUAUAGCAUAUGGAUGUUACAUAUGGAUGUUUCCUCGUGCUUUGGAGCAAACUUUCGAACUCCUCAUGUCUGCGCUGUGUCUGGAAAGGCUGGAAACAUCUCUCCAUCUUACACAGAGACCAUCACCAUCACGGCUCGUCUGAGGAGUUAUUUCUGUACAUAUGUAUAUAGUUUUCUUUUUUUUAUUGAGAUACACAGGUCAGCGUUUUCAGUGCGUCUUGCACUUUUCUUUAUUUCUUGGUGCUGGCCUGUGUGUUUGAUAUGACUGCAAGGAAUAGAAGACUGACUGUAUUAUAUAAUCUGCGCAAAAAUGAACCAAUAAUCCAUGAAGACGGUGCAAAGUGUAAAUUAUCGUCUGCUGCAUCUCAGACAUUGGCGAGAAUGAACAAUGUGAAGAGAAGUCUGAACAGACCAACGGCCUGCCAGAGAAAUCCUCCUCCAAGCACUCCGCUUCUCCAUCCGUGGAGCUGCAGCUCAACCCUGGCCAGCUGCAGCUUGACGGUCUACCUCUGGGGGCUGGAGCUGCAGGCCCUGGUCUACGAGUGGCCCAGGUACGACUAUUGGACCACAGAACCAGCAGCAGGCCAAGCAGCCGACCUGGGAGUCCAAAUUCCAACACUUCAUCCACCCCAACCCCCUCAGAGGAGCAGAAUGAUGGAGAGGAGGAGGCAGCAGAGCCCGAGGAUGAAGUUCAGGGUGCAGAGCUCGAGCGUUCUACAGUUUCUGCUCCGACCCUGUGACUCCUCAAGAGGCCCUUUCAGCUCCUAAUAGCGGCUGCUAUGGAGAGAAACCCCACUCAAUUUCAGCUGGAUUCAGGAUGUCAUCGCUCUCCAGUGCAGUAUCAUGUGACACCUAUCCAUCAAACAGAAGGCCUCAUCAACAGAGUGGGACUUUGAGAAGCAAAUACACAAUCAAGUGGACCAUCAGAGGACAUGAAAACUCAGGCCUCAUUAGAAAGGACUUCUUCCCCUGAUGCCUGCUCUAAAGCUUGCAGUACACCCAGUGACUCCCAGGGGGCCUCUCUUUCCAAGGACAGCCCAUCAGGGCUAGUUCUUUGCAAAUGCACCGUGACACCAUGUCAGAACUGUAGGAAACCUAAUGGACCUCUGGAAUUGGUUCAGCCUCCCAGAGCCAAUGGACCUGUAGACUGUAACAGUGCCUCAGAUUCCUGCAGGCAGGCUGAGCUACAGAACAGACUGAAGCCUGGGAAAACGCCAUCAGACUCAGCUUCUGCCUCUGCACUGGUGAACCACAUAGGAACAGAAAUGGUUAAGAAGGAACCCGAGAGCUCUGUAAAUGCAUGUGCUCAACAGAACUGCCCCACUGCCCCCACGAUAUGGCCCCACAGUGGCCAUCAGAACCACAGGAGCCAGACAGAGCCCCAGGAGGAGUGUAUGAGCACCGAUGAAAAGCCCUCCUUCUCAAUCACCAGCAGUUCCUUCACAGAUGCACCAUCUAGAGGCAGCCAGGAGCACGACUCAGUGAAGUUUGGUUCAGCACCUACUCCAGACAUAAAGGCUGCUCCUGCACUGAUGGACUCACUGCUGCCCAACACACUGUCCUCCAUCACCAACCUGUCCAGCUGCAUGAAGGAUGGAAAAGAGGAGGAUGGGGCUGGACAAACUGGAUGCAGAGAUGAUCGAGCUCUUGGCCAAUCAGAGGAUCCAGCAGCUCUUUGCUCCCAAAGUGCCCAGUACUCAACCUCCCCCCACCACCAGCACUACCCCAAAAACCUCAGCACCCCACCCAAACAGUCAGAAAAAGGUGCAAGCCCGAGCGGUCUUUUACCCUCUGACAGGAAAAGGAGCAGCUGUCAGCAUGUGCUAUAGGACGUUACACAUAGGAUCAGGUGCUGACAUGGAUGUGUGCCUUACAAACUACGGUCACUGCAACUACAUAUCGGGGAAACAUGCCUGUAUUUUCUAUGAUGAGAAUACAAAGCAUUAUGAGCUUCUGAACUAUAGCGAGCAUGGCACCACAGUGGAUAAUGUCCUGUACUCAUGCGAUUUCUCUGAGAAGACCUCACCAUGUCCACCCAGUGGCCUGGUAGCCAAAGUCCAAGGAAUCAUUCGUCGCAGUAAGAAACGGGAAGAGGACGAGGGAGCCAACUCCGUGGUGGGGUUGUUGCCAGUAGGUGGAGUGAUGAGUAGCCAACGUCAGGGUGGUGCUGAGCCGUCUUGUAGCUGUAAAGCGAGUAGCUCCAGUCUAAUUGGAGGCAGCGGGGCAGGCUGGGAGGGCACGGCCCUGCUCCACCAUGGCAGCUACAUCAAACUGGGCUGCCUCCAAUUUGUCUUUAGCAUCACUGAGUUUGCCAGUAAGCAGCCCAAAGAGGAGCAGGCCACUACACCUGCUGCCAGUUGCACAAGCACCAACACCAGCAGCAGCAGUGUCAUCAGCACCACCCUCACCACCACCGCUAACACCUCCACAUCAUCACCACCCCCCAGCACUGCCACAACGAGCGGCUUUUCCAACCAGGAUGAGGCUGACUCUGAGACUGUACCUCCCCACCAAGUGCCCGUACUGCGUUCUAACUCUGUUCCAUAAUCCGCACAGGAAGCCCCGCCCUCCCUCUUAUUUUGGGUUGGUCAAUAGGGAAAAGUUCUUUUUUGUUUUUAUUUUAAUGGUUUAUAUCUUUGCAUGAACUUCAAGUAUUAUUGACAGUCUUUUUUUUUUUUAUUUUAAAUGACGUAACCUUGUGUUCACUUCAGACCGUUAGGACUUUGAGCAAACAUUACUUCCUUGCGCUCAAUCUUUGUUUUUGCCAGUAUAUUAGUUAUGUAUGGUGUAACCUUUUUGUCAGUCAGCCCAUUUAGCACAAACAUUUUUUUUUCCUUUGUAGUAUUGAAUUCCAUACAUUCUAAUUUCUUUUGCAGACUUGUUCUUAGUCUGUACUUUCCGCUGUAGUCCAUCUGUAAAUACCGUAUAGUUUUAGCACUCAUUUUAACAUCUUGUGCUGCUGUGUAUAUAAGCACUCUUUGUCUGUACCUGCUUGUCUGUUCAAACCUGUAAAUACAGAAAGAUUUUCUAAGAACAAA